UCUCCUCUUCGUUGCCGGAGCAGAAAAACAAGGAUCCAAGAAAGAAAGAAAGAAAGAAAGAAAGAUAGAAAGGGAAAAAGAAAGAAAAAGAGAAACUGGGAAUUAGUUAGAAAUGGCUUUUCGGAGAAGAAACAAGAGCUACCCUUUCUUUAGUCAGGAGUUUUUAAUUCAGAACCACGCAGACAUUGUGUUUAGUUUAGUCAUCUUUAUUUUAAUUGGCCUGAUGUUUGAGGCAACAGCAAAAACAGCCAUUCUCUUUAUUCAGCCACAGUACAACAUCAGCACACUGACUGCAGAUGGAGAGCUGACUCUGUACCAUUACGGAUGGAAAGACUGUGCCACCAUCCUCUUCUAUGUCUUCAUCACCAUCAUCCUCCACGCUGUGGUUCAGGAGUACAUCCUGGAUAAAGUAAACAGGCGUCUGCACCUUUCAAAGAGCAAGAACACUAAGUUUAACGAGUCUGGACAGCUGUGUGUGUUCUACCUCGUCUCCAGUUUGUGGAGUCUAUAUGUUCUCGCUACUGAAGGUUACAUUCUGCACCCGAGCAGCCUUUGGGAGAACUACCCUCACGUCCACCUGAGGUUCCAGGUGAAGUUUUUCUAUCUGACCCAGUUGGCGUAUUGGCUCCACGCUGUGCCCGAGCUCUACUUCCAGAAAGUGCGCAAGGAAGAGAUCCCUCGUCAGCUGCAGUAUAUCUGCCUGUACCUGUCUCACAUCUUGGCAGCGUACCUGUUAAAUCUAACACGUGUAGGACUAGUGUUACUCUUCCUGCAGUACGUCUCUGAGACCGGUUUCCAUCUCUCCAGACUCAUCUACUUUAUCGACGAGACUCACCAUAAAAUGUUUGAUUUGUGGUCAGUGGGCUUUGUUUUGACACGUAUGGUGUCUUUGACCCUGAUGUUCUUGUCUGUGGGUUUUGGUUUGGCGCGAUCAGAGAACCAGACACUUGACUGGGAGGCUGGAAACUUCAACACCCUCGGUGUAAGGCUCUUGGUGUUGUUCCUGGUCUGUUCUACACAAUCUUGGCUGCUGUGGAAGUUUUUCUGUUUCCAGCUGAGGCGAACCCGUGAGUUCAGACUGGAACAGGCGAGAAAGAGAGCAGCAGCUAAACAACAGACUUCACGCACAGUCAAACGUGACACAGCUGGUCACCAUGAAAACGGCGCGCUCAAGCUGGAGAACGGAACAUCACCUCGGCUGAAGAAGCUCAAAGCCCCUUAACCUCGCCCUUAUUUUUAUAACCCUGCCCCAUUUUUGUAAGGGACAGGAACAGGAAAUAAAUGGCCAGUUUCCUGUUCUGAUCAACAACAGACUGAGGGUGCUACAACAUUCCAUAGAAGACGUGCCAUCCAAAAGUGUUGGCCCUGUCGAGGGGAAAUAAUCCCCCAUGUUCCCUUUUUUUUUUUUUUUUCCUUUUUCUUUUCUUUUGUACAUCAAUAUCAGUAUUUGUUCAUUUCUUUUCAAAUAAGCAUUAUUGCUAUUUCUCUUUCUUCUGCCACUUCACACCAAUCCGCAGCUUCUUUACGUCUGUCGUUCAAAAGCCAUGUUUUCUUUUUUUUAUGCUUUCUGAAUCAGUACUGUAUCAGCCAGCCCUGGGGAUCGUGAGAAAACAGGCCUGCUUUGGCCUGCGAAGGACAUCCAGAGUGCAGGUCACACACCACAUGGGAUGUUGUUGUUGUUGUUUUUGUUUUUUGAAGGGAGAGGAGGGGGAGGGGGUCUUGCGUGUCGUGGCUUUUUCUCAAUCACAGUUAGGAAGUUAGAAAGUCGCUAGUCUUUAAAUUGUUCAUGAAACCGAUCUGGCGAAGAGAAUUAUGGGAUACGUACACAGAUGAGCAACGCUGCCUCUUAAAUAUGGACGAACUAAGAAGCUUCCCGAUUGACCUUCGGAUAAAACCAAGCGAUGUGACGUUUUACUCAGGAACGCAGAGUAAAACACCACAGCACAGAAACGCUUUCCACCAAAAUCCAUUUAAAAGCCAGUUCUGUCAUUGAAUUAAUAAAUGAACAGCCAAAAAAAAUGAAUUUAGUCACCGUGACAACACCUUAAGUGUAAUUAAUUAAGCUCACCUUAAUCGAUUUACACUUCUGGUCUUAAAACAGAUCCUGAACGUUAACAUUAUAAAACACACUAAUUGUAAAAAUUAUGUGUAACAAUUAUUAUAUAAUUAAUUAAUUUUAAUUAAUAUAUAAUAAUAUAUCAACAGUCGGAACAUCUACACACUUACAACGAAGAGAUUUGAAAACCAAAAAAUGUCGGGUGAUUAUUUUUCUAGACCACCACAAGGGGUGCUGUGCUGUGCUGUUGUAGGAAAACAACCAGCAGCAGGUGAUUAUUACAAUCACCUGUAACAUCACAUCCCUGAGUUCUUUAUUUAUUUAUUACAGAACAGUUUGUCAUACAGUUAUUUUGUACUGAAUGUUGUGGAACUUCCAUAAACUGCGUUAGUUCCUGUUUACUCUGCAGUUCCGGUUCACCAGGUUCCCUUUUGUUUUCACUCAAAGAUAAAAAAGACAAAAAAAAAAAUGUAGCUAAUGAUGUUUCUGAGACGCGUAAAUCUCAUAACAGACUUCCUGAAAGCUUCUACAAAGCUUUGACACUGGAGACUCCUUCCUUAAGUGUUCAAUAACUGUAAAUGUUUAUGUGUAGCAUUUGUCAUACGCUGCUACUGCGCUACUGCUUUACACCUUCUGACCAAUCAGAAUUCAGCAGCGCAGUGAUGUCAUCAGGUGGUAAUUCGGCUCUUCGGUUCGAUGCCAAUGCAGGCUGGUGUGUGUCGGUGGAAAAGGGAACUCACUUCUUCAGUCAUAUAAAGUGUUAAAGUGUAAGAUUUGUGGCACGCAAGCAGACGACGUCCACAUCCACCCCUCCGUUCAGACGCCCUACUGUUGUGACAUCUUUAAUAAGGAGCUGAGAGGGAGAACAAUAUUGUGAAUAAUGUGUUUCUUUGGUGCAUGUGAUCUGGAUGAAUAAAUGCGUUCUUAUUUAAA